AUGUCUGGUGCCCGUCCUCUCCUCUCCAACCGUGCUUCUUCCGACAUCUCUGGCGGCCGCGACAUUGCUGAGGAAGACGCCCUCUUGACUGGACGACCGACACAACGAGCGACUGAGUCUGCCCCACGAACAUGGAAGUUUUGGCGUGAGAUUGGCCUGUUUGUGUGGGCGGUGAUAGCUACAGCAGGCGUCAUCAUCCUCGCAGUUGUAUUCCAGAAGAGCGGGGAUACUAAACGCCCCCAUGUGAGCGGAAAGAGGAACUUGAUCUUCAUGGUGUCAGAUGGCAUGGGCCCCACAAGUCUGAGCCUGACACGCAGCUUCAUGCAGUUGCAGAAUGGGGCACCCUUCAGUGAGCAGCUGGUGAUUGACCAGCACCUCAUCGGACAGUCGCGGACACGUUCAUCGUCUUCGCUGAUCACAGACUCGGCCGCCGGUGCGACGGCCUUCUCAUGCGCACAGAAGAGCUACAACGGCGCCAUCUCCGUGACGCCGGACCACGAGCCAUGCGGAACAGUAUUAGAGGCCGCGAAGAAAGCAGGAUACAUGACGGGACUCGUAGUGACGACGAGAAUAACCGACGCAACGCCUGCCUGCUUUGCGGCACACGUCAACAUGCGCCAAGAAGAGGAUAGAAUUGCAGAGCAAAUGGUCGGCGACUAUCCUCUUGGACGUGUUGUGGAUCUCAUGUUUGGAGGUGGACGCUGUCACUUCUUGCCCAACUCGAGUGCCGACCUAUCCUGCCGAACCGAUGAUAAGGACAUCGUGCAACUGGCUAAAGAUAACGGCUUCAACUACAUAUCCGAUCGUGCGGCCUUUGACAAUCUGAAAGGUGGAGACGGGCUCGACUUUCCUAUGCUAGGACUUUUCGCCGACACAGAUAUUCCCUAUGAGAUCGACCGCCGCAACGAGAAUGACGUAUAUCCCUCUCUCCAUGAGAUGGCCGAAACCGCUAUGAAAGCGCUCAGCCAAGCCACUCGCGACAGUGAAAAGGGAUUCUUCCUCAUGAUCGAAGGCUCGCGCAUCGACCAUGCAGGCCAUCACAACGAUCCAGCCGCUCAAGUCCACGAAGUCCUCGCCUACGACCGCGCCUUCACCAGCGUUCUUGACUUUAUCAAGAACGAGGAGACCCAAACUGUCAUGGUUUCUACCUCGGACCACGAGACUGGUGGUCUGGCCACUGCUCGACAACUUCACACCUCGUACCCAGAAUACGUAUGGUUCCCAUCCCCUUUGGCUAACGCAUCUCACUCCGCCGAGCGUCUCGCCCUGGAAUACGCAAAGUACCUCCAAUCGUCGCCCUCGAAGGACCAACAACGCGACUUCAUACGCGAAUCGAUCGCCAAUGGUCUCGGUAUCCAGGACUACACCGACGAUGAAGUCAAGGACCUGCUUGCCGAUCCCCCCACAGCUUUGUACCAAUACGCGGACAUGAUGUCCCGCCGUAGCCAAACGGGCUGGAGUACACACGGGCAUAGCGCCGCAGACGUAAACAUAUACUCUUCCGACCCCGAGGCCGCGAAAGCACUGGUGGGAAACCACGAAAAUACCGAGGUUGGAAGGUUCCUGUAUGAAUAUCUAGACGUGGAUGUUGAUGCCGUGACCAAGGAACUAAGAGAGAAGGGCGUUGGACUCAAGGUUACAGAUGCAGCGGGCGAGCAAGUGAGUUGGAUGGGCAAGAUACCAGCCGAGGGCCAGCGGUUGGACGGCCAGACGCACAUGGCGAGUUACAGUGGGGAUUUUAGAAAGAGACAUGCGCUGCACGGAGAGGCUUGUGAUUGUGGACAUUGA